AACCCGAAAAAUGCCGCCCAGCGCCAGCGCCGUGGACUUCUUCCAGCUCUUUGUCCCAGACAACGCCCUCAAGAACAUGGUGGUGCAGACCAACAUGUACGCCAGGAAGUUCCAGGAGCGCUUUGGCAGCGAUAGCUCAUGGGCGGAGGUCACGCUGGCCGAGAUGAAGGCCUUCCUGGGCUACGUCAUCUCCACCAGCGUCUCGCACUGCGAGUCCGUCCUCAGCAUCUGGAGUGGUGGCUUCUACAGCAACCGCAGCCUGGCGCUCGCCAUGAGCCAGGCCCGCUUCGAGAAGAUUCUGAAGUACUUCCACAUCGUGGCCUUCCGCUCCAGCCAGACCACGCACGGGCUCUACAAGGUCCAGCCCUUCCUCGACUCCCUGCAGAGUGGCUUUGAUGCUGCCUUCAGGCCAUCCCAAACCCAGGUGCUACAUGAACCCCUGAUCGACGAGGACCCCGUGUUCAUCGCCACGUGCACCGAACGUGAGCUACGAAAGAGGAAAAAGCGGAAAUUCAGCCUGUGGGUCCGGCAGUGCUCUGCCACAGGCUUCAUCAUCCAGAUUUACGUCCACCUGAAGGAAGGCGGGGGCCCAGAUGGCCUGGACGCACUGAAGAACAAGCCCCAGCUCCACAGCCUGGUGGCCAGAAGCCUGUGCAGGAACGCGGCCGGCAAGAACUACAUCAUAUUCACGGGGCCCAGCAUCACCAGCCUGACCCUGUUUGAAGAGUUUGAGAAGCAAGGCAUCUACUGCUGUGGUCUGCUCAGCUCUAGGAAGAGUGACUGCACAGGACUCCCACCAUCCAUGUUGAGCAACCCGGCCACCCCGCCAGUCCGGGGCCAGCACCAGAUCAAGAUGAAGGGGAACAUGUCCCUGAUCUGCUGGUAUAACAAGGGGCACUUCCGCUUCCUGACCAACGCCUACUCCCCUGUGCAGCAAGGUGAGCCCAGACUGCUGCGAGGGUCCCGGGAGAG